AUGGACAGCACUUCCGACAUCAGCGUCAAGGAGAAGGCCUCGGCCGAGCCACAAACGACUCCCCUCGAUGUCGAAAAGCAAACCGGCACCUCACACCUGAUCGCAGCUCAAGACACCGUCCAGCUAGAGCCAGCCCACGCCAUCGAAUAUGCAGAAUACCAACGUCUUCAUGCCCAUUUCACAUCCGACCCGAAGAACCAUGGCCGUCUGAUCCGAUUAUUGGAUUGGCGAAUCCUCCCCAUGCUGUUCAUCUUCUAUCUGCUCAACUCUCUCGACAAGUCCAAUGCGGGUAACAUCAAGAUCUACUCGUUUUUGGCCGAUACGAAUAUGACCGGUACUCAAUUCAAUCUUGCUCUUACAUGGUACUUUUUUACAUAUGCUGGAUUGGAAGCUCCUUCCAACAUGUUGAUGCGUAAAUAUGGAGCUCGCCUCUGGCUAUCCGGCCUAGUCACCUGCUGGGGCGCCGUUACUCUCGGAUCUGCCUGGGUCAAAAGCUACGGCGACUACUGCGCCGCUCGUAUCAUGCUCGGCGCCUUUGAGGCUGGUCUAUUCCAAGGCUGCUUCUACACCCUCAGUUGCUGGUACCUGCCCACCGAACUCCAAUCCCGCUGCGCAUGGUGGUACAGCGCAACCAUGCUUUCCGGAGCCUUUGGUGGUCUCCUGGCCUACGCCGUUGGUCCUCUGCAGGGCCACCUCGGUAACAAGCAAUGGCAAUACCUUUUCUUUAUCGAAGGCGCCGUCACCAUCUUCUUUGGUCUGCUCGGAUUCUGGCUCUGCCCCGAUUUCCCCGAAAAAUGGGGCUCCAAAUGGUUCAAGAAGGAUGAGAUGCGUUACCUACAGCUUCGCGUCAAGUACAAGGAUGGUCCCGUCCCACCUGAUGACACUUUCCAUUGGGGUGCGCUCUUGGAAGCUAUCAAGGACUGGAAGACGUAUUUCAUUGCCUCCUUGUUGGCCUUCGGUGGCAGUGUGCCUACAUACAGUGUCAACUACACGCUUGCGACCAUGGUCAAAUCAUUGGGUUACACUUCCAUCAGGGCUCAGGCUCUGACUGCUCCUCCCUAUGUCUUUGCCUUUGUCUGCGUUAUCCUGAUUGCGUGGUACUCGGAUAAAUACCAAUGCCGUUGCCGCUCUCUCCUUAUCAGCUACACAAUCGGCACAAUCGGCAUUAUCAUUUUGUGGCCGUCCCUGUACCACAAGAACCUCUCCGGUCUCUCAUACUUUGCUCUCUUCCUGGUCGUGGCAGGAUACAACAUGCAAGCACCAGCCGUCGGAUCCUGGCUCGGCACAAACGUGCGCAACCCAUCCAAACGUGCCGCCGCCAUGGGUUGGCAAUCAACAUGGGGACAGCUCUUUGGCGGAUGCAUUGGCGCAAACAUCUUCGUUAGCUCCGAGGCUCCUACUUACCAUUCGGGAUUCAUUACUUUGUUGGUGUUGGUCAUUGUUGGUGGAUUUGGAGCUUGCAUUGCCAACUGGUACUGUCUCCGGGCUUCGAACUUGAAGAAGGAUAAGAUUCCUCUGGAGGAGCUCGAGGGCAAGUAUACCGAUGAGCAGUUGGCGAAGAUGGGAGAGUAUAGUCCUUAUUUCAGAUAUAUUCUCUAG